AAGAAGCACCAACCCCAUCAUCUCUUUUACUGUUAUGGCAACCAUGGCAACAACUUUCACUUCCUCCUUCUCUUCCAAGCCCAAGAUUUCUUUCUUGGACAACCAAUCGUCCUUCCAUGGCGUCCCUCUUCCAUCUCGUCUCCAAUCCAUCAAAUCCUCCUCCACUCCAAACAACCUCUCCAUUUCCAUGUCUUCUUCCUCUUCCUACGAUCUUCAAUCCUUCAAAUUCGAACCCAUUAAGGAAUCCAUCGUCUCCCGUGAGAUGACCCGUCGAUACAUGAUGGACAUGAUCACCUACGCCGAUACUGACGUCAUCGUCGUCGGUGCCGGCUCUGCCGGUCUCUCCUGUGCCUACGAACUCAGCAAAAACCCAUCUGUCCGUGUUGCCAUCAUCGAACAAUCUGUCAGCCCCGGUGGUGGUGCUUGGCUUGGUGGUCAGCUCUUCUCCGCCAUGGUCGUCCGUAAACCCGCUCACAUGUUCUUGGACGAAUUGGGUAUCGAGUAUGACGAACAGGACAACUACGUUGUCAUCAAACACGCAGCUUUGUUCACAUCAACCAUCAUGAGCAAGCUCUUGGCUAGGCCCAAUGUUAAGCUUUUCAAUGCUGUGGCUGCAGAGGAUUUGAUCGUGAAACAGGGGAGGGUUUCUGGUGUGGUUACUAAUUGGGCUCUGGUGUCGAUGAACCACGACACACAGUCAUGUAUGGAUCCUAAUGUGAUGGAAUCAAAGGUGGUUGUGAGCUCUUGUGGACAUGAUGGUCCCUUUGGUGCCACUGGAGUGAAACGCCUCAAAAGCAUUGGAAUGAUUGAUAGUGUUCCUGGCAUGAAGGCUCUUGAUAUGAACAUAGCAGAGGAUGCAAUUGUUAGACUCACAAGGGAGAUCGUUCCUGGAAUGAUUGUCACUGGCAUGGAAGUUGCAGAGAUUGAUGGAGCCCCAAGAAUGGGUCCGACCUUUGGUGCGAUGAUGAUAUCAGGACAGAAGGCAGCCCACGUAGCAUUGAAAGCUUUAGGAUUGCCCAACGCCAUUGAUGGAACCUAUGAAGAGCCUCCAAGCAUUCAACCGGAGCUUAUCCUCGCCGCUGCCGACACCAACUCGGAGAUUGUCGAUGCUUAAGAUACUGAGAUUAUGAAAGAAAUAUUGUUUAA